AGAGGGAGAGCCUAUAGAAUGUGCCAUGUGUGCCUUUUGAAUUUGGAACUAUAUAAAUUAUACCUAUAUAAAAACAAAUAAAUACUCUUUAUUAAUCCGAAAGAGAAAAAAUUGUUCUUUACAAAACAUUUUCAAGCCAUUGGAGCAGUUUUACGGGAAAACCUCUGGGCGUCGCUAUAGGUCAAAAGAAGAGCGAGAAGAUCUGCAAUAUAUUUGAGAGCCUCUUAGAGGGUAACUUCCUGCUCAAACCAACCACACAGGACGCCAGUACGGAUUCGGUUAGAGAAAACAAAAGCAAGAAAAGUGACCUUACCCCGGAUUUUGCCAUCCGCGGAGGGCUCAUUCUUCCUCCCGGCCAGGAAGCAGAACCGCAGCGAAGGGAGACGGAGGAUGAGGCUGAGCGCAGAGAGAAGCCGCCCGGUGCGGUGGCGGCAGGUAUUGUUGCCCUUUCUGCUGUCUUUGUUCGGCUGGGCUCUCCCAGACCAAAUCCGCUACUCAAUUCCCGAGGAGCUGGCCAAGAACUCGGUGGUAGGAAACCUCGCCAAGGAUCUGGGGCUUAGUGUCCGGGACUUACCGGCCCGGAAGCUGCGGGUUAGCGCGGAGAAGGAAUAUUUCACUGUAAACCCUGAGAGCGGAGACUUACUUGUGAGCAACAGGAUAGACCGAGAGAAGAUUUGCGGGAAAAAGCCUCUGUGUAUUCUGGAUUUCGAUACUGUGGCUGAAAACCCACUCAAUAUUUUCCAAGUAGCAGUAACAGUGCAAGAUAUAAACGACAACAUUCCAUUAUUCAAACAGAGUAAGAUUGAUUUAAAAAUUGGAGAAUCCACUAAGCCAGGUAAAACAUUUCCACUAGACCCAGCCCUGGAUUUGGACGCUGGUUCAAAUUCACUGCAAAGAUACCACCUUAAUGACAAUGAGUACUUUGGUCUCUCAGAGAAACAGACUCCAGAUGGACGUAAAUAUCCUGAGUUGAUUCUGAAACAUUCUCUGGACAGGGAAGAGGAGAAUUUCCACCAACUGGUCCUAACAGCUGUGGACGGUGGGGACCCACCCCAAAGUGGCACCACACAGAUCCAAAUCCAAGUCACCGAUGCCAACGAUAACCCCCCAGUGUUCAGCCAAGAAGUAUACAGGGUAAGCCUGAAGGAGGGUGUGCCCCCAGGCUUCUCCGUGCUUCAAGUGACCGCCACCGACCAGGAUGAGGGCAGUAAUGCGGAGGUCACAUAUUCCUUUCAUAAUGUGGAUGAACAAGUGGAACAAUUUUUUAGCUUAGAUAAAAGAACAGGAGAAAUCACAACAAAGGAUAAUUUUGAUUUCGAAAUUGCUAAUAGUUACAUUCUCGGUAUAGAAGCGAAAGAUCCUGGAGAUCUAGCAGGACAUUGCAGUAUCCAAGUCGAAAUUCUUGAUGAGAACGACUGUGCACCUGAAGUGAUUGUGACCUCAGUAUUUACUCCCCUUCCAGAGGAUUCACCACCAGGAACAGUGAUCGCUUUGAUAAAAACAAGAGAUAGAGACUCUGGAGAAAAUGGAGAAGUUUACUGCCGCAUAUUGGGAAACACAGCGUUUACAUUGAAAUCUUACUCAAAGAUUUACUACAAACUAGUGACAGAUGGGGCCCUGGAUCGGGAGGAGAUCUCUGAAUACAACGUCACUAUAAUGGCCACUGACAGGGGCAAGCCGCCCCUCUCCUCCAGCAUUACCAUCACCCUGCACAUCACCGACGUCAACGACAACGCUCCGGUUUUCCAGCAGUCAGCCUACCUGGUCUACGUGCCAGAAAACAAUCCACCUGGUGCUUCCAUAGCGCAGGUCAGCGCCUCUGACUCCGACCUGGGACCCAACGGCCACGUCUCCUACUCCAUCGUGGCCAGCGACCUGGAGCCGCGGGCGCUGUCGUCCUACGUGUCCGUGAGCGCGCAGAGCGGCGUGGUGUUCGCGCAGCGCGCCUUCGACCACGAGCAGCUGCGCGCCUUCGAGCUGACGCUGCAGGCCCGCGACCAGGGCUCGCCCGCGCUCAGCGCCAACGUGAGCCUGCGCGUGUUGGUGGGCGACCGCAACGACAACGCGCCUAGGGUGCUGUACCCGACGCUGGGGCCCGACGGCUCGGCGCUCUUCGACACGGUGCCGCGCGCCGCGCAGCCCGGCUACCUGGUCACCAAGGUGGUGGCGGUGGACGCGGACUCGGGACACAACGCCUGGCUGUCCUACCACGUGCUGCAGGCCAGCGAGCCCGGACUGUUCAGCUUGGGGCUGCGCACGGGAGAGGUGCGCACCGCGCGCGCCUUGAGCGAGAGGGACGCUGCCCGCCAGCGCCUGCUGGUCGCUGUGCGCGAUGGGGGACAGCCACCCCUCUCGGCCACAGCUACGCUGCUCCUGGUCUUCGCUGACAGCCUACAAGAGGCUCUGCCAGACUUCAGCGACCGCCCUGCUCUCUCUGACCCCCAGUCUGAGCUACAGUUUUACCUAGUGGUGGCCUUGGCCUUGAUUUCAGUGCUCUUCCUCCUCGCGGUGAUUCUGGCCGUUGCCCUGCGCCUGCGACGCUCCUCCAACCCGGCCGCCUGGAGUUGCUUUCAUCCUGGCCUCAGUUCGAAGCCUGGACCGGGGGUUCUCUCCAAUUACAGUGAGGGAACAUUGCCCUAUUCCUAUAAUCUGUGCGUUGCCUCACAAUCAGCUAAGACAGAGUUUAAUUUUAUCAACGUGACCCCAGAAGUGGCUCCUCCUCAGGAUCUCCUCUGCGGAGAUGCCUCAUGGGUACCAAGUACAAAUCCUGAAGAUGCUGAGGGCCCAUUUGCUUCAGAUACUAUUUUAAAGGAAUGUGUUAAAUAG